UAAACAGUGUAUUUCUACAGUAAUUCACCAAUCAUGCAACCAGAAUAUUGAACUUUCUAAUCUUAUGAAAUUUAUAGUCACCGCCUAAACAUCUGAUCGGUUGAUUUAAGGUUAGGUUACUAUCAACAAUAACACGUUUCGUUUGAAGUUCCGUUUAACACGGUAUUUGAUAUAACAAUUUACAAUAUUAAGUGAUCUUACAAAUGAGCAAUCAAUUGAAAAGAUAUCUCUUUUGGUUUGCUCAUGAACACGUGGACUUUCGAUUAGCCGAAAUAGAAUCUAUAUUUGACAUGUUUAACAUUAAUCCAUGUGCAAUAAUGAAACCAAAGGAACAUGUAAGGAACCUUAUUGGAUUGUAGAUUUACCUAACGAAAGUGCAGUGCAUCAAGUUGCCAGUAGGGCAGUCUCGUUGCGCUUCUGUUUGGAACUUUGGGGACAAGGUAAACGAAAUGAAGACUUACAUAGUUCCUUAAAAUCUUACUCGGUUAAAAAUUCAGAGGCUAUGACAAGAGAUAAGAAAAAAUCAUUUAAAAUUGUGGUGGAGACUUUUUGUAAACAUUUUUCGCAACGUGAGAAGAUAAAUAAAAUUGAAUCUUUCAGUUAUCUACCCCUUGAAGGAUCAGUUAAAUUGAAAAAUCCGGAUAUUACUCUGUACUAUAUAGAAUAUUAUGGACUUAAUCCCAAUAACAUUCCUAAGGAACCUCAUGAAUACUUCUUUGGAAGAUGGAUUGCCGAUGGUCAGAGAGAGUUAAUUCAAAAGUUGUCACUAAAAACUAGGAAAUUUAUAGGAAAUACAUCAAUGGAUCCUCAGCUGUCGCUGAUAAUGGCAAAUCAGGCACAAAUUAGAAAUGGGGAUCUAGUUUUCGAUCCGUUUGUGGGGACAGGUUCUUUGUUAAUUGCUGCAUCUCAAUUUGGAGGAUAUACGUUUGGAACAGAUAUUGAUUUUUUAAUGCUUCACGGCCGUACCAGACCUACACGGAUAUCGCAGAAGACAAGGGAAAAAGAUGAGAGUAUCGCAGCGAAUAUGCAGCAAUAUGGAAUGAGUUCUCAUUAUCUUGAUGUUGUGGUAGCAGAUUUUUCAUAUCCACUGUGGCGGGCAAAUUUCCGAAUAGAUGCUAUUAUAACAGAUCCACCUUACGGUAUAAGGGAGGCUACAGAACGUAUAGGUACUAUGAAAAUUAAUCCAGUGAUAGAGGAACAUCAAGCAACUUCUCACAUUCCUUCAAAAAUUGUUUAUGGGCUAAAUCAAAUAUAUAGAGAUUUGUUGUGCUUUUCUGCAAGACAUUUGAAACUUCAGGGUAGACUGGUCUGUUGGUAUCCAUUGUUUAGAGAUCAAUAUACAGAAGACCAAUUACCAGCACAUUCUUGCUUGAAGCUAAUAGCCAAUUCUGAACAAAUAUUAAGCAACUACACUAGCAGAAGAUUAUUAACUUAUAAGAAAGUUAAAGAACCAGAGGCAACAGACAAGAGUGUUAUCAUGAAUUUAACUGACUUCCGUGAGAAAUAUUUUGCAUUACGUGAGGAAACUAGGAAGGAAAAACGAACGAGGAAAGCUGCGGAAAGAGUGAAGAGACGAGAUGAAUGGGAACGUAGUAACAAAGAAGUUACUGAAAGAUGAUUGUAAUAUUUUUUAAAACAGUAUUAUAUUAAAAAAGCAGACAUUCUAGACCUUUUUUUCACUUUUAUAUAUCUUUCUCUUAUUGCGAGUAUAUAUAAUUAUUUAAAAAUAUUGACAAAGUGUGGCUAUCUGAUUUUGCAAUUCUUGUUUAUUAUGUACAAAGUAGUUUUAAAAGUUGAUAUGGAAACAAAGCUAAAUAUUGCAAAGAUUUAGAAAUAAAUGAUAUUUUUUGCA